CACUUGCGGCUGUAAAAUGCUUCAGAGCGCUAUUGCUUUCAGCAAUCAGACGCAAUUUCUUCAGGAAUUGCAAAUCUAGUUCAGUUUGUUUUUCUCAGCCAUUCAGACGGGGAACCUGGAGCUGGAGCUGCCUCAGGCAAAGACAGAAAUGAAGUUAAUGUGUCCGGAUUCGAGACGAUUCAGCAGCAGUCAGUAAGGCUCUGAGCAUCCUCACAGAAACCAUUCACAGAGGACACACGCCGCAUCUCCUGACCCCCCUUCCCCCCCGCCCUCUCCCAACUGUCCUUCUACGUCACGCGGGUACAAGGGGCGCGAGCGGAGCGGCUCGCGCUCACUAAUACCAACUCCGCACGCGCGCGCAGAGCCAACCACAAAACUGAGUGUUUCCCUUUUUUCUUUUCUUUUUUUCUUUAAUUCCCUUUUAAUGGAGUUUUAUGUCAAACCGGGAGUUGUUGUUUUUAUUUGCGCGUGCUGACAUCUGAGGGCGCGUGCCGCUGAAGGAAGCUGUCAUUUCUGCUGAAAGUUGGAUUAUCGGGACGCGGUUUGAAUAAUCUGCUCAGAUGAUGAGCAGCGUUUACGGACACAUUCUGGAGAACUGUCAACGAAUGAGGUGCAUGGCGUGCUGGCGUUUGAGGAAAUUAGCCCUUAAAGGUUAAAGAGUGAGAAAGAGGAGAAACUGUCACAAAUGAAGUGACGUCUAGUAAAGAUGGAAACGUCAGGUGAAAAAAGGUUCGGUGAACGGUGAUGGCUCGCUCUUCUCUGUGAGAAAAGCACCACUGACCCUUCAGGCACCCGCUGUAAUGAGUCCGUCUGUGCUGCUGAUAAUGCUAAUUCCAUCCAGUGGUUAUUACUCUGCUGAUUUAGGAAGCAGAGCUCUUUAGUUUAAUAUAAUCAAAUGUGACUUCCAGGAGAGUCUUGUAAUAAAUUGGGGGAGUAUUUCAAUUGAGACUUCUGGUGUGUUUUUUUCGUCAACACGUUUAGCUUAAAGUUUUGGAAAAAAAAAAAAAAAAACAUAAACCACACACUGUCCAUCUGCCGUCACACAUUAAUGUCUUAUCUUUUGGGCAAAUGUCCACCCCCUCAGUAACCAAAACACAUCAACAUGACCCUCGUCCUCUUAGCUGCCGCCAGACUUUGAACAGAAUGGAAUUUGAAACGUUUUAGCCAAAAAUGUUUCCAUUGUCAAGGUGUUUUUUGCAGAAACGUUUCAGAUUUCGUUUGGUUCUCCGGCUUCGAACAAAUCUGUUAGGAAUGUGCGGCAAUCAGUGCACAGGCGGUGUGGUGAGUGUAGAUAAGACCCCUUAUGAGGUGAAAACCCCUUCCCAACCAGCAGCGUCCCUUUCCAGCAUCAACAGCAAGAACAAGGGAUGUUGUUGCUCUUCUUGACAGCUCUCACAGUGUCCUGCAGCAUCCAGAUGUCUUCUGCUGCUACCAUGGAUAAGCUCAAGGAAAGCUGGAGGCUCUACAUGGAAGAGUGCAAUCGGAACAACAGUCUAGAUCCACUCAGCACUGACCUCGUGUGCAAUAGAAUGUUUGACAAUUACGUCUGUUGGCCAGAUGGACUCCCCAACACUACUGUCAGCGUGCCGUGCCCUUGGUAUUUGCCGUGGUACCAUAAAGGUAAUAGAAUUCAGCAUGGCAUGGUGUAUCAGGAAUGUGAUGCCAACGGUAAGUGGGUAACCAUGGAGAACACCAGUGAGUGCGACCCACUUGAGUCAAUCCCGCUGUACUAUGGCCACAUUCGAAUUAUGUACACUGUAGGCUAUUCCUUAUCCCUGGUGGCGUUAGUGUUAGCUCUUGGUAUUCUCAUAUUUUUCAGGAAACUGCACUGCAUGAGGAACAACAUCCACAUGAACCUUUUCGCCUCCUUCAUUCUGCGAGCUCUGUCCGUACUCAUUAAAGAUGUGCUGUUUGAAGCCAACCACACAGCGCAGGACCUCAGCAGAGACCAGGCCCAGGGUUUUCCCAGCGCCUCUAUGCCUCCCAUGGAGCUGCUGGUCAGCAAUAUGACAUCAGUCAGCUGUCGAAUCGCCGUGGUGAUGAUGCAGUACAGCGUUAUGGCCAAUAGCUACUGGCUGCUAGUGGAAGGCAUCUAUCUUCACAACCUGCUGGUCAUCACUGUGUUUACAGAGAGAAACUACUUUAAAAUCUACCUGUGCAUCGGCUGGGGAACACCCUUAAUUUUCCUGGUUCCAUGGGUGAUCUUGAAAUAUCUAAAUGAAAAUGAAGAGUGCUGGGAACAAAACAUAAGUAUGAAUUACUGGUGGAUCAUUCGAGCCCCGAUACUACUUGCUGUCGUGAUCAACUUUCUCAUCUUUAUCCACAUCAUUAAAAUUCUUGUGUCGAAACUUCGAGCGCACCAAAUGAGAUACACGGACUAUAAAUUCAGAUUGGCUAAGUCAACUCUGACCCUGAUUCCACUGCUGGGGAUCCAUCAGGUGAUCUUCAUCUUUCUCACAGACGAGUCCACCACAGGAACCAUCAGCCUGCGUCUCACCAAGCUCUUCACUGACCUCUUCUUCUCCUCCUUUCAGGGUCUUCUGGUGGCCAUCUUGUACUGCUUCGUCAACAAAGAAGUCCAGUCUGAGAUCCUGAAGAAAUGGAAGCGUUGGAAGUUGGGGAGGAACAUUGAGGAGGAAUAUCGGCACACCUACAGCAAUACCCCCAACACAAAGUCAGGCAGCCUGCUGAACCACGUCUCCCGGCUCCCUCAGCUGCCGGACAUCACCAAAUCCUCUGCUCCAGUUUGCAGCCCUGAAGAAAGGUGCAUGCUGGUGCCUGGCUGCCACAACGGUUUGGUAAACUGCAAGGGGGGAGUCAAGUGUGUCUCCCACACACACGAAGGAACUGUCAGCAACUGCACCCUAGUGGAGGAUAUUAGCCUCACAGAAAAGGCGCAGAGUGACGAAAGCCAUCGAGAGAACGUGGAGAGCCUGCUUUAAAAGACAAGAGGGAAGGAGAACUACAUGAAAGACUUGGAUGGCUUUCCUUUCGUUUGAGCUGUCGUCCAGUUUUGGCUGAUGGAACAGUGCUGACUGAAUCAGCGGUCGGUGCCGCUGGUAGACAGAGCAGCGGCCGAACCCCAUAAAAGGACAACAACAUCAGACAUCUGCGCCCAGAUGCCCGAGUUGCCGUGAGUCUCGUGAACGGAUUGACGCUUGCCGUUACAGUAUGUAAAGCUGCUUCAUGUUGAACAAGCUCUCAACAGCAAUUUAAGCCAGAUAAGCCAUGUAAAGUGUUAUUAAAAAAAAAAAAAAAAAAGUAAAAACUUAAACGAUAAACAGGAAGAGAUACAGGGUUCUGGCUUUAGCCUUUAUUUUAAAGCGUGCUGUCUGAAAAGUAUUUUAUGGUACUGACACUUAAAAAUAUGACCAAAAGAAGAUUGUAUGAACAGAAAGGAAGCUUUUUUAUGUCUUGUUCUGGUUUCUGUAAAUAGUUUUCUUGACUUUAAUGAAGCUGUUGGCUGUACCUCAUACAGCUACGUGUCAUUAUUCAUGGGAAACAGGCAGCUGCUCACCUCAUGGUUUGAAUUAAGCCAAAAUGAUCUCUGCUUUAGCUUCUGCUUUGAGUACAAACCAUUUUUUCUAAGCUGUAAAUGUAUUUUGAGGUUUGUGUUGGGGUAAAAAUCCACAGCAGACAUCACCAGUGAAUCGUGCAGAUGUAACUCAACAUGAAAUUCGGGUCAUUUUUCUGUUAUAAUGGUGAUUUAUUGAGCUGUACCUUGAAACCAUUCGCCCGGUUUGCGUGCCAUAGACUGCCAUCACAUCAACAUCUCUUCAUGGACUAAAUGUAAAAAAAAAAUUGAACGCUUGCCUGAACUCAGAUGUACAAGACGCAGAAGGAAAUCUCUGUAGCCUAGCAGUAGAACAAAACUGAACACAAUAAGUGGUACAUUUACAGAUGGAGGAGCUGCCUGCAACAUGUUCAUCAAUCUUUGAGUUCCCCAACAGAUUUUCCAGAACCAACUGAACUUGAGUUUGUGUUUAUGGCUAUUUGCACAGUGUUAAUUUAUAACUGGUAAAAUUGUGUACAUAUGUGUGUUUAUACAGAUGAUUAUAUUUGAUUGCAGUAAAUAUAUUUCAUACAUGCUAGUAUGUGUGGGUGAAUGCGAAUGCACGCAGGGUAUGAACGCUUACGGUUGAAGCAUUCCACGUUGGUGUUGCAGCAGGAUGGAUUAGCAUUAGGAGUCAGAAAGCGAGGGCGUCACAUAAACCAGUGGAACUGACUCUAUACAAGACUUUGAGGUCAGAGGUCAUCAGAGAUCACCUCUGAUCCAGCACACGCAGUGUGGCACUGCCGGCCACGCAUCAUGACUACACCAGGAAAUUCUUCAAAGUUGUGGAGCCAGAUGCAUAAAAGUCUGUUUAGUUUCAUAGCUUACGUUGCAGAGAAUCUGAAGGCAUACAUGGUUCUGAUUUGUAAAUCUAAAUAGGCAUUGAAUUGAAUGCACCUGUUUGAGGAGAGACUCCCGCUCCUUUUGUUUGCUUCAUCCGCCUGCUUUGAAGUUUUUUCAUGGAAACCUCUGCAGAGGCAGAGAUAAAUAUGCAAAAGAACAAUAGCAGCACAAUAUUAAAAAAAAAGUGAAAAUGAGACACGUAUCUGUGCAUCAAAAAGGGAAAACAUGCAUUUUUCUGGGGUGCCUUGAGGCUUGAAUCACAAAAAGGAUUUGAACUUUCAAAAUAAGAAAAAGGAAGUACACAUCAACUCUUUAGACUUAAAAAGAUGUUUAAGAAAAAUCUUCUUAGCACAUGCUUUAAACAUUUUUGCAUGAAUAGGACACAUAUUUUUCCAUUUUUUAAAAUACUUGCAGUGUUUCAGUCACUGUAUAUGAAUUUGUGCACAAUCUAGAAACAUAGUAUAGUUGCAUUUGUAAGGUCUUCCAGUCCUGCAACAGCUUGUGUGUUCUACACUUGCAUGUGUAAGUGCAUACUACACUUACACAUGCAUCUGCAGCGUUAACAAAGGAAAUAUUCAGUUAUUUUUGCUUUAACAGUGUGCACACAUCCAUCCACUGUAACUUUAGAAAUACUUUUUCAUGCUAAAUGUUCCAUGAUUUCAGCUGUUUUCCUAUUUUUUAUGCAUCUGGCUCCUAACAAACUACAGAACAAAUUUGAAGUAAACAGUGACAUUUUUGCCAAGUUGAAUCCCAGCUCUGUGCUUUAACCAGUUUCUGCAUUAGAGUAGCUUUUUUCCGACAACAGUACUGCAGGUAAACAUAAAAAAUAGGAGUGCAGGGAGUGGAGGUGAAUUUAAAAAUGUUUAUUUUGAAAUCAUUUAUAAGCUGUGUCAUCAUAGCCUUGGUUACUCCCCUUUCUGGACCAAAACUGGUUCUAUCAGAAUGUAUUCAUUGAGAGGUGCACAUUUUCCUUUUGAUAUUCUCUUCAAGGUGGUUUUUGUACAGCUUUUUGGUGUGAAGAACACGUUGGUGAAAGUUGAUCAGGUGUAAAAAGUUCAUGAUAUCUUGUGUCCUCUUUGUGCAAAUGGAAAAAAAAAGAAUAAAUUUCAGUGUAUGUCAAUGA